AUGCCCAUGACAGGCAGUGCUAUCGACUGUUAUGAGGACAUGUUCAAAGAGAUUACAAGAAAACUGUAUGGAGAAGAUGGAUUGCCAGAUCUUAGUGCCAACGAAAGGUUAGCUUCGACGAGCACAGAUAGGGGUCUAACACCUAUAGAAUAUGAAGUAGAAAACCCUAUACUAAAACCCGAAGAACAUUUAACCGCUUUUGGGUUAGCUGCUCUUAUGCAAAAUGGUUUUCCCCCAAGUGGUAUAUUAAAUCCUAACUUUCAAUGUCAUAAACCUAAUACUGGAACAAUAUUGAAUACUGCUUAUGAGGAUAAAUGGAUAUCAAGCGAAGAGAAUUUACAAUGGACGGAGUCGAAGAUUGCCACAUACAACCCCGCACAAAAGCUGUAUAGAUGUUCUGAGUGCGACUGUGUAGGAUAUCUUCUUCGAGUGGCUGAGCAUUGGUUAGGAACGCAUUCUACACUUAGGGCUUUCCAUUGUCCUCAAUGCCCGUAUGAAAGCGCUUGGGCUAGAUGUGUAAGAAUACAUCUAAAUAGGCAACAUAAUAUCAACACCGAUGAAUCAUGCGAUACGUUUACCAAAGAUAAUCCCGUACUUCAAGAGAUUGUUAAAUAUUUACAAAAAUUGAAGAAUAAAUUAGAAAGUAAUUGCAAUAAAAAUUCUGCACCGAGUACUGUGCAGAGUGAGGACUAUCAUAGUCAUCCUCUAGAACAAAGAAACAGAACAAAUAGCAGUAACAUUCUAAGAACGACGACAUUUAAUGGUAAUGCAUCAUCCUCUGCUUCCAAUUCGAUUACAAAUCAAAACACCGUUCCUUGUAGUAGUAGCCAACCACAGAAUCUGCUUAAAACUCACGAUCUAACCACAGCAGCAGCCUUACUUCAACAAAGCAACCGUUUUCUUCAAAGCGAUGCCAAAACGUGGAAGCAACACAUACCGAAGCAGCAUGGAGCCGCUCGCCUUUUUAGCUACAUGGAAGCUAGCGACGGGUCGGAGCCAGAGAGUGAACCACGUGUAGCUGAGGACAUGAGUAGAAUAAAUCUUAGCCAUCGAAUCCAGUCGGAUUUUCCUGAGGCGGGAGAUGUUGGCAAUCAAGUUGACGAAGAACACGGAGAAGAAAUGGAGCUUCCCCUUUUCGUCUGCCAAACGUGCGGUUGCGAGUUUGAAGAUGACCUUUCUCUAGAAACCCAUCAAUAUACUCACCGACAUUCUGCAACAUCUCCCGCUAAAACUGAACAUUCGAAAGAGAAUGUUGAUCCAGAUUUAAAAUACCGUUGUCGUUUAUGCGAUGCAGCUUAUGAUCAUCAAUCAUCCAUCAUAGCCCAUAUGGUAAUUCAUACAACUUUAGGAGCAGAUACCUUAGGUCCGCCAGUGAUACAAAGCAAAAGAUCGAGAAAACAAAAUCAACCAAAGAAACUGGUUUUACCGUUUUGGGAUCCAGAGGAAAUCGAAGUGGUAAGACAUCUUAAUAUCAAACUAAGACGGUGGAAAGAAACCUUGUCAACUUCAAUUGUAGGUGUAAAUAGGUUAGUAGAUAAACAUGUGGCAAAGUUGGUAACUAGAAAGGGGCUGGCGUGCAUAUGGUGCAAAAACACUGGUUUAAGUAAAUUUCAUACCAAAGCAACGUUAGCCCUUCAUCACUAUUGGAGGCAUACUCGAAAAAAAUUUAAAUGUGAACAUUGUGAUAUGGCUUUUAAACAUCGAUAUCAAACCGUGCUCCACAGCAGCCGUGUACAUACGAAUCAGAAGUCUCAAUUUGUGCCUACGGUGCUUCCCAAAGAACCAAUGCAUUUAGCACUUAGUGCUGAAUCUGUAUGCUCUUCCCAGGACACCAGUCUCUUCUUUAGCAACACACAUACUGUAUAUGUACCUGACGCAACAAUGUCUAAUGCACAUAAAUUAGGAAUGUCGUUCUUCGAUCAUUCUUUUAUACAUCCAAGUAAUGCUAUAAAUAAUCAUAUGCCAAUUAUCAUACCAACAUUUCCACCCAACUGA